AUACAGCCACUAUUGUGACUAAUGCAAGGUCUGGAAGGCCAAUAAUGACCCCAGAUGUGUCCAGCUUACCUCUUCCUACAAGUACAAAUGGAUCACAACAGCACAACAAUUCAAGUUCCACAAGGCCUAUAAUGACCCCAGCUGUGUCCAGCAUGUCCCUACCUUCAACUGGAUUCAAUGCUGCAUCCCCAUCAAUGGCAACUGUUGUAACCAAUGCAAGUUCCAGACAGCCAACAGUGACCCCAGCUGCAUCCAGCUUAUCUCUACCAACAAAUGGACGUGAGUUACACAUAAUAAUGAUUUCACAACAAAUAAUGAAAAACUAACAAAAAUGGAAUCAAGAAAUUGGCCACUUCAAACAGAAAAAUCCAACAGACAAAU